UCUUCAAGAUAUUAACUUAUCUGAUAUCAUUCAAACGGAAAGUACAUCACCAGAUUUAUCCGUUAAAAAAACGCAAAAUGAGAAGCAAAUUAAAUUAAAAGCCGACAGUAAAGGUAUACAGGAUUUAAUACAAGCAUAUCAAGAUCAAUACGAAAAUAAAUUUAAAGAGUUAGACCUACUUGGAACAUUUUUAAAAAUAUUAAAACAAUCAGAUAACGUGCAGAAUUCUUUCUCAAAUUCGAUAAUAAUGACGAGCGUUAAUCAAUCAAAAUUAAUUCUUUAUAAGAUUCAAAAUACUAUAGGAGAAUUAACUGCAUCAAAUGUUGCUGACAAACUUAAUGAAAACUUUGCAAAUAUAUCGUCCUCAUCACAAUCAAGUAAUUUAGAAAAAAUCCCCAACAAUUCUCAAGAAUCAGCUUCAGAUAAUUUAUCAUCUUUUAAUGCCAGAACUCAAGGAUACAUUUGGUAA